AUGACUUGCGAAGCAUGGUCGCUUCUAUAUUCACAACCUGCGAAAAACGAUACAGCUUUUUUCACGGGACCUACUGCGACGGCAUCUUCGCAAGGGGGAACAGCCAUAACCCAGGCGAUUGAUCACCAAGAUAUCGACGCUUUACGCAUCUUAUUCGAAAAAUACUCUGAAUCUGCGUGCACCAGAUUACAAACGCCUGGAAAUGAGAACUGUCAUACAUGCCCACAGCAUUUUGCCAUCCAGCCAUUGCGCCUGGCAGCAAUGGACUCAUGCAACAAAAUCAUGAGACUGCUUCUUAGUAGAGGUGCAUCGGUUCAUGCACAAGAUAUCAACAGAAAGACUCCAUUGCAUUUCUGCCGCUCUGAAUCCGCGGUGAACAUUCUCCUUCAAGCCACCGCUGAUAUAAAUUACCAAGACAACAUGGGACAUACUUCCACCCACGAGGCAGUGUGCAAUGGUACGAGCCAGGCUUUACAGGCGCUCAUCACUGCUGGUGCAGACUUGGAUAAUGGCAAGAACAGUAUUGGUACUCCACUGCAUUUUGCUACUCGACAAAGGUAUAGAUCAAUGAUGAAGAUGCUGCUCGACGGAGGGAACUAUACUGAUUCAAAAUAUUUUGAUGGAAGCACACCACUCAUGUUGGCAAUGGACACCGGACAGACUAACCUAGUUCUACCACUUUUUGCACGAGCAGCAGCCUGUCGACCAGAUCUUGUGGGGGUUUUGCUGUCCUGCGGAUUUGAUGCCAAAACUGCGGAUUUUAAUGGCAUGACUCCCCUUCAGUCAACCUGUCUAGCAAAUGAACAUAAUACCCAAUUGUGUCGUUCUCACCGCAGAGAAGUCUGUCAAGCUCUUCUGGAUAAUGGGGCAGAUCUCUUCGCGGAGAGAAGCAAUGAGUUAACGCCAAUUUCCAUUGCACAGGAUCAAAAGGACUACCCACUUAUGACCCUGUUUCUUGAACAUGCGUUGACGCAAGGUGGUUAUGGGGCGCCAGUCAGGUUUACGCGGAUGAUAGAAUCCAUAGUAGACAUUGACGAAGAGAGCCGUCUAUGUCAAAGUGCAACAGCUCUUAUCGGCGGCGUAAGGCUCCAUGCUAGCUUGGUAAAGCAGGCUGUCGAUGAAGGUGAAUGGGAUUUUGUGAUGACUUGCAUUGCGGUGCAUUUUGUUAGUAGAGCAUGUCUUCGAGAGAUGUACCCUGAUAUGGAGGAUCGUUUGUUAGACAUACUUCGGAUGUGCUGUGCUACGAGGGAUCAUGGACUGGUAGAAUAUAUAAUUCGCCCAGGUUCGUUGGCGGACAUGAUAGGACCAAGAAGGCGAGAGUGCAUUGAACCUAGCAAGCUGUCUGCGGCCAUUCAAGAAUUGUGCGAUAUGAUACAGAUUUCUAUGGGUUGGAUUGUGGAGGCCGACGACUACGGCAAGCGGAAACCGUUAUUGCAACCACCUAGAGACUCGGGUGGCAGGUCCAUUGGCCACCUUCGUUGGGCCUUUCCCAGGGAUAAGCACCAGUGA